AUGCCUCCAAUAUCACCACGUGGUGUACCAAAAACGCCUCAACCAUUAAAUAUGUCAAAUUCAAACGCAGCAUUCUUUAAAAAAUCAAUCCCUCAAACUCCAUCAAGUGAAAGGGAUCCAGAGUCAGACAUAAAGGUAUUUUUACGAGUUAGACCAAUUCUUCCAGGAGAAACACAAGCAGAUUUGCAGAUCAAUGAGAAUACAGUAAUUGCCAAAGUUCAGCAAAAAGAUAAAACAUCAAAACAUCAUGCAGAACGAACUUACUCAUUUACUCAUAUUUUUAAGCAAGAAUCAGAACAAGAAGAAUUAUUCCAGGAAAUCGCUAUGCCACUUCUUAAAAAGUUUAUACGAGGUUAUGACGCACUUCUAUUUGCAUAUGGAGCAACAAGUGCAGGCAAAACAUUUACGGUUAGAGGAACUGAGCAAAAUCCAGGUCUCAUUCCAAAAAUGGUAAGAACUUUACUUGCAGUUGAACAACCAGUAGAUGCAGAACGUGGUUUAUUUGUGUCUUGCGUGGAAGUUUAUAACGAACGCAUUCAUGAUCUUCUUGGCGAUACAAAGCAGCCAAUGCGUAUUUCAAAGGAUGGUUUUGGCUUUACAGUCAUCAAAGAUGCUAAAGAAAUCGAAAUCAAAAGACUUGAAGAUUUGAAAUCAAUUUUAUCAACCGUUGAUAAAGCUAAAUCAGUAUGUGCAACUACAUAUAAUUCUCAGAGUUCAAGAUCUCACUGUGUUUUUAUGCUCAAGUUAAUUUCAAUUCCUAUUGAUCCGAAGACCAAGCAAAGAGUUAACGAUAUUUCAAAAGUUAGUGCUUCAAGGCUUUCUAUUGUUGAUCUUGCUGGUUCUGAAAGAGUCGAUCCCCAAGAUAAGAAUCAAAAAGCUGUAAAUGAGGCAAUUAGUAUUAACUCCUCAAUGUUUACACUUGGACAGUGCAUUAGGAUGAUCAGGCAGACAAAACUUGGCGUAAAAGGUCUUAAGAUACCAUACAGGCAGUCAAAGAUUACAGAGCUUUUUAAGGACUUUUUCGAUCCUGUUACAUCACGAAAAACAUAUUGCUCUAUUAUAAUCAAUAUUUCUCCUUCGACAAAACAGAUAUCAGAUACUUUAUUUGCACUUCAAUUUGCUGCAGAAGCUGUUGAGUGUAGAGUUGCAGCUGAUGAUGUAGAGGAAGAAGAUUUAGUUGUUGGAAAAGCCCUCAACUUCUCAGAUGAAUCAGAAAAUGUUGAUGAUAAUAACAACGAUGCUGAAGAAGAACAGAAUGAAAUAGAACUCCUUAAAUUAAAAGAAGCAAAGAUUAGACAAGAAAUCCACUCUGAAUUCCAAGAUAGAUACAAGAAAAUCACAAAAGAGUUUGAAAACAAUAUUACGCAAUUGAAAGCUUCUUCUGCUCAAGUUUAUCCAUGCAAACUGUAA